UGCAUGUUGAUCCAAUGUUAGUUGCUACAUCAGAGGUUGCAGCUAGAUUUGUGCAAUCAAGGACUUCUAAUAAACCACCGGAGAUUUCAUCAACCACUCCUUUACGAGCAAUGCAUGGAAAAAGCAGUUCAUCUGUGGCGAACAAACAAAUAAAAAGCAAUAGAGGCAAUAUUUUAUCUGGAACUACGGCAAAGCAGCAAGCUGGUCCAGCUCUUAAUAAAGCAAAUAAUGAUCCAAGCAUGGCCUCCAGGUCAAUUCCAUCAAAGCAGUCGAGCCUCCGCACACCUCAAUCAGGCUUUAAAUUAGUAUCCGCUUCAUUUUCUUCAGCAAGUCGCCCAGCCAGUACUUCCUCUGAUUCAGCUUCAUCUUGCCUCGGGAUCAUGAGGAAUUCUAGUAGAAACACUGUUCGUUCUUCCUCUAGUUUUUCUAAUAAAACAGUAUCAAAUUCCAUAAGAUGUAGAACUCGAUCGACUAAUCAAAUCUCCAAUUCUGGUUUAGUAGAGUCUACAUUACUGCUCUCAAAGUUCUCUCCCAGUAGUUCUAUAGACAGUUUUCCCUCAGAAUCAUCGUCACAGACAUCUACUUCUACGAACCACAGCAACUUAAUAAAAGCUAAGUGUGGGCUGUCUUCGUCCCCUGGCAUGCCAGUUUCUACUGAGAAUGGCGCCUCUCAGAAAUCAGGUGGUGCACUGUCUCAGUCAUUUACUGGAAAUCAUUCUAAAAUCACUUUAAAAUUUGAUUCUGAUACAAAAGGAACUACAUCAUUAGGACUUCGGAUGCCAAGGCCAAGAAUUGGUUACUUUGAUAAAGAAAAAACUCUACUCCAUGGCUCAAACAAAUACCUACUAGCUAGCUUGAGGAGCAGUUUGACUAAGAGCAAUGGGAAUAGUGAGACUUCAGCAGCAAACAAAAGUAAACUCAUCAAUUCUCCCUCCGUAAGAUCUGGAGCACAUCCACAUUCAUUGAACCAGACAUCAAAAUCGACAGGGGGACAGAUGGUUCUUCAGACUUUAGAUAAAUGUCAACUAGUUCCCGCUAAACUAAGGAAGGAAUCUUCCCCUAGAAUUGCUGAAGGAAACUGCAAAAGGAAUUUGAAGAAUAAAAUAGAAAAUCCAAAUCUUCUUCAGCCUAAAUAUGUUAUGGAAAAUGCAAUCCAUGAAAGUGGGGAGCAGAAAAUUAACGAUCAUUCAUUCCUAACGAACAUUCAGCAGGAGCAUUUACAGAGUGAGCUGGUUUCAGUUACUGGUACAGAGAAGGAGAAUUUAUGCCCUGAAUCAAAAACUGAAUGGCAAAGCAAAGCUUUGAGGAAUGAAGAGCAAUACAACGCUGUACCUAUGGGGGCGGAAAUGGUAUCUUCUUUUUCACUUUCUGAGGUAAAAGAUCUCACCUCAAGAGAGUAAUGGAAAUUUGAAUCUACAUUUGCUGUUGGCUCAUAUAUAUGUAGUCAGGACAAGCAUUUUUCAACUUGCAGUCUUAGAUUUUUUUUUUAACGAAGAAUCAGAGGUCAAUCCAAUAAUAUAUAU